UUGCCCGUCACCUCCCUUCCUCCCAGAUGAGCACUGACCCACAGCUUAAAGAACUGGUCCUAACCUUUCCCCCACACUCAUGAUUAUUCUGUUCUGUCAACCAUCACUCUAGAUUUCCUUCAAUCAGGCCAGCACCAGACUUUUCACAGGAGAGGAGUAAGUGUCCAUCAUGGAAGAGAGGAGCAACAGCAAGCAGCAGGCACGGCAGCAGAGUUCAGAGAACUCACAUUGUGAGCCACAAGGACAAAGCAGAGAGAAUGAAGUUUCUGUCAGUACUGUGUCACACUCGGAUGAGCCCAGCCAUCGAGAUGAAGCCUCUCGCCUUACAGUUCGCAUGGAAAACACCUACCAGUUAGAACCCACUAAACAUUUUCCCGUGGCCACUGUCGACCGUAUUUUGAAAGAUGUACUAACUGCCUAUCUACAAGAAGCUGAAUAUGACCCGGAGUUCUGCAGACAGAUGACUAAAACAAUUUCUGAGGUUAUUAAAGCUCAGGUCAAAGAACUAAUGAUUCCCCGGUAUAAACUAAUUGUGACCGUUUACAUCGGACAACGAGAUUGUCAGAGCAUACUUAUUGGCAGCAGAUGCCUCUGGAAUCCUAAAAGUGAUACCGUUUCGUCCUAUGCUUUCAGAAAUGCUUCUCUCUUUGCACUUGCAAAUGUCUAUGCAGUUUACUUCGAGUGACUGAAAAUGAGAAGUUACAGUCUUGGCAUUUUAAAAUCAUGAAACAGGCUGUGUCUCUCUGUCCACUAACAUUCUGCUGUCAAAAACCUGUGAGAAAAAAA